AUGAGCGGCCUUCCACCGCCUCCGCCACCCCCAGGAUUCAAGAAAGGGUCCUCUUUACCGCCGCCACCACCACCCCCGGGAUUCAAAGCCUCUAACUCGAAAUCUUCACAGCAAAAUGGACCAAACAAUCAGAACAUACCACACUCAUCAGAAAACAGCUUUUCGCGAGCAGCAGACGGUGAUGGUAGGAAGGAUUGCUAUUCUCAAUUUGAGGCAAACAAAGCAUCUACGUUACCACCACCCCCGCCUCCUCCAGUGCUCUCUAACCCUUCUCUAGCUAACUCUUCAAAGUCAGGACUGCCGUCUCCUCCUCCACCUGUUGGCACUGCCACUCAUGCGGUAAAAAAACAGAAAAUCACUUCAAAUGGCGCUAAGGGUAUCACUAGACUAACGCCCGAAGAGCUUCGUCUCAAACGAAACGAAUGGCUCAAUCUUCAAAAAACAAGAUUCAAAAGAAGAGAAACGACAUCCACUGUCAAAGGUAAGGCCCAUAGACGUGGCCUAGUGCACUCUCAUAAAGUAGAUAUGCCUCCUGAGCAUCUCAGAAAAAUAAUCAAUGAUCAUCGGGACAUGUCAUCCAAGAGGUUCAAUACUGAUAGAAGGGCCUCUUUAGGGGCGCUUAAAUACAUGCCUCAUGCAAUUUUAAAGCUCAUAGAAAACAUGCCACAACCUUGGGAGCAAGUAAAAGAGGUGAGAGUGUUAUAUCAUAACAGUGGUGCCUUAACCUUCGUCAACGAAAUACCGAGAGUAAUAGAGCCUAUUUUUGCUGCGCAAUGGUCAACAGUAUGGAUUGCUAUGAGAAGAGAGAAGAGAGACCGCCGUCAUUUCAAGAGAAUGCGAUUCCCGCCGUUCGAUGAUGAUGAGCCUCCUCUUUCAUAUUCCGAGCACGUACAACAUAUCGAACCAUUAGAUGCCAUCAACCUGCAGCUGGACGAGAUAGAUGAUGCUGCGUUAAGGGACUGGUUUUUCGAUUCCAGACCCCUACUCGAAAGCAAAGAAAAUGUCAAUGGCUCGUCAUACAAAGAUUGGAAACUUGAUCUUCACAUCAUGUCCAUUUUGUACAGAAUAACUUCUCCUUUGGUGGACAGAGACCAGGAUGCCAACAGUCGCUAUCUGUUUGACAAGGAGUCUUUCUUCACCGCCAAAGCGCUAAACAACGCGAUUCCAGGAGGGCCUAAGUUCGAACCAUUAUACCCCGAAGAAGAUGAAGGCGAUUAUGACGAUUUCAAUUCUAUUGAUCGCGUUAUUUUCCGAAUUCCUCUUAAAACGACCUACAAAGUUGCUUUUGCUCAUCUCUACAACAACCGGCCCAGGUCCGUGCGGCUAUCUUGGUACAGUGCCCCCAUAUCUUGUUGCGUAAGCAAAGAUAGAGAUGAAAAAACGUCUGCUUUUCAAUUUAAUGAGUCUUUCAACCUAAUUCGAAAGUCUCCAGAAAACAGAAACAAAACUUUGGUAAGCAGCGACUUCGCGCUUCCAUCUAAUUUUAAGGCAUGUAUGGAAGAUAUGGAGUUGGAGACACCAGAGACACAAGAUGCUUUCUCUUUAUUCCAUGCACCCUUCCCGUACAAUAGACGGACUGGGAAGACAAUUCGAUCACAAGAUGUGGCCUUGAUCAAGAAAUGGUUUCUGCAAAGACCCGGAAGUGAAAUCCCGAUAAAAGUAAGAGUAUCUUACCAAAAAUUGCUAAAAAAUCAUGUUCUGAAUGAGCUGAGAGAGUCGCACACGAGGGCAAGAAACAAGAAGAAGCUUCUUAGAAGUUUGCGAAAUACUAAAUUCUUUCAGCAGACGACCAUUGAUUGGGUUGAGGCGGGCCUACAAGUAUGCAAUCAAGGAUUUAAUAUGCUCAAUCUGCUUAUUCACAGAAAGGGCCUAACUUAUUUGCACCUUGAUUAUAACUUCAACCUAAAGCCAACAAAAACAUUGACAACAAAGGAGCGUAAAAAAUCGAGGUUUGGGCACGCCUUUCAUCUCAUGCGAGAAAUUUUAAAAGCCACCAAACUCUUGGUGGAUGCUCACGUUCAAUUUAGACUGGGAAACGUUGACGCAUUUCAACUAGCUGACGGUAUCAAUUACAUCUUAAACCACCUGGGGCAAUUAACUGGGGUCUACCGUUACAAGUAUAAGGUUAUGCAUCAAAUCAGAGCUUGUAAAGACCUCAAACAUAUCAUCUAUAACCGCUUCAACAGAAUAAUUGGAAAAGGUCCAGGGUGCGGGUUCUGGCACCCAUCAUGGCGUGUUUGGAUAUUUUUUAUGAGAGGCGUUAUUCCUCUCUUGGAACGAUGGUUAGGAAACUUACUGGCGCGUCAGUUCGAAGGCCGAUCUAACGAAGUUGUCAAGACUGCAACAAAGCAACGUCUGGACGCAUACUACGAUUUGGAGCUAAGAGCGGCGGUUAUGAAUGAUAUUCUUGACAUGAUGCCGGAAGGCAUGAAACAAAAUAAAACAAAGACCAUUUUACAACAUCUCAGCGAGGCUUGGCGAUGCUGGAAGGCCAAUGUCGCGUGGAAUGUGGCUGGCAUGCCAGAGCCUGUGAAAGCUAUCAUUGAGAGGUAUAUCAAAGCGAAAGCUGAUGGAUGGGUUUCAGCCGCACACUACAAUCGAGAUUGCAUCAAGCGUGGUGCUCAUGUGGAGAAAACUGCAGUAAGGAAAAACUUAGGCCGGCUAACCCGUCUUUGGAUGAAGUACGAGCAAGAGCGACAGCAGAAAAUUGAGAAAAAUGGCCCUGAAAUUACACCAGCGGCUGCCACGAUCAUAUUUAAGGCCAUGGUUAAUUGGUUAGAGAUCAAUAAUUUCUCCCCCAUACCAUUUCCUCCUUUGACGUACAAAAAUGAUACAAAAAUCCUGGUUCUUGCUUUGGAAAAUUUAAAGAACGCUUAUUUUUCAAAAGUUAGACUAAAUGCAAGCGAGCGGGAGGAACUGGCGUUGAUUGAAGAGGCAUAUGACAAUCCACACAACACCUUAAAUCGAAUCAAGAAAUACCUUCUCACGCAAAGAGUUUUCAAGCCUGUUGAUCUUUCGAUGAAAGAUGAGCUUCUUCAAAUAUCCCCCGUUUACUCGGUAGAUCCUUUGGAGAAAAUUACUGAUGCAUACCUCGACCAGUAUUUGUGGUACGAAGGUGAUCGAAGACAUCUCUUUCCGAACUGGAUUAAACCAAGCGAUACCGAAAUUCCCCCUCUUUUGGUAUAUAAAAUGGCCCAAGGUAUUAAUAAUGUGAGUGAAAUAUGGGAUGUGUCAGAUGGACAGUCAACGGUCUUGCUGCAGACAACAUUGGAAGAAAUGGCAGAGAAGAUUGAUUUCACUUUACUAAAUCGGCUUUUGAGACUCAUUAUGGACCCCAAUAUGGCUGAUUACAUCACAGCUAAAAACAAUAUCAUUUUGAACUUCAAAGAUAUGAGCCAUGUAAACAAAUAUGGCUUAGUUAGAGGGCUACAGUUCUCUUCGUUUGUCUACCAGUUUUAUGGCCUUAUGGUGGAUCUUUUAAUUUUGGGACCUGAAAGAGCUCUUGAACUAGCAGGGCCGCCUAGCUCGCCAAAUGAGUUUCUGCAAUUUAAGAACCUAGACGUUGAAAAGCGGUCUCCACUAAAGCUCUAUUGCAGGUAUUUUGACAAAAUUCACAUACUGUUUCAUUUUCAAGAAGAGGAAGCGGAGGAACUUGUUCGAGACUAUCUCUCUGAGAACCCAGAUCCUAAUUUCGAAAACGCGGUAGGCUACAACAACAAAAAGUGUUGGCCUAAGGACUGUCGAAUGAGAUUAGUUCGAGGUGAUGUGAAUUUGGGCAGGGCUGUUUUCUGGGAGGUCGCUGGCCGUGUUCCUUUAUCAUUAGCCAAUAUUACAUGGGAAAACUCACUUUCUUCUGUCUACAGUAAGACCAAUCCGAAUUUGCUCUUCACUAUGUGUGGAUUUGAAGUGCGGAUACUCCCUAAUAUACGAGCAGAAGAGAUAAUCUCGUCAGAUGAGGGAGUUUGGGAUUUAGUUGAGGAAGAGACGAAGCGCAGAACCGGAAAAGCAUUCCUGAAGAUUUCCGACGAAGGCGUCGAAAAGUUCAAUAAUACUAUCAGAGGUAUUUUGAUGGCAUCUGGUUCAACAACUUUUACGAAGAUAACUGCGAGGUGGAACACCGCCUUGAUUUCUUUGUUUGCUUACUAUCGAGAGGCUAUUGUGGCAACCGAAGCGCUUUUAGAUGUGCUUGUUAAAUGUGAGACCAAGAUACAGAAUCGAGUGAAAUUGGGACUCAACUCCAAAAUGCCGACCCGGUUUCCUCCGGCUGUUUUUUACACACCAAAGGAACUUGGAGGUUUAGGUAUGUUAAGUGCAUCCCACAUUUUGAUUCCAGCCUCUGACCUUUCCUGGUCAAAGCAAACUGAUACUGGAAUAACUCAUUUUAGGGCAGGGAUGACGCACGAGGAGGAGAAACUUAUCCCUACUCUGUUUCGUUACAUAACCACUUGGGAGAAUGAAUUUUUGGACUCGCAGAGGGUCUGGGCGGAUUAUGUUGCGAAGCGCCAAGAGGCAUUACAACAAAACCGUCGCUUAGCUUUCGAAGAGCUGGAAGGUUCAUGGGAUCGUGGUAUACCUCGUAUUAGUACUUUGUUUCAGAAGGACCGACACACUUUGGCUUACAACAAAGGGCACCGAGCUCGGCUCGAGUUUAAGCAGUUCUCGCUAGAGCGAAGUAAUCCAUUCUGGUGGACUGAUGCACACCACGAUGGUAAACUUUGGAAUUUAAAUGCGUACAGAACCGAUGUCAUUCAAGCCCUCGGAGGGAUUGAAACCAUUCUGGAACACACCCUUUUCAAGGGAACUGGAUUUAGCUCCUGGGAAGGGCUUUUCUGGGAAAAAGCAUCCGGUUUUGAGGACUCUAUGCAGUUCAAAAAAUUAACGCAUGCGCAAAGAACAGGGUUGAGCCAGAUUCCAAAUCGUCGUUUCACUUUAUGGUGGUCACCGACAAUCAAUAGAGCAAACGUUUACGUUGGGUUUCUUGUGCAACUUGACCUGACCGGCAUAUUUUUACAUGGCAAAAUUCCAACUCUCAAGAUUUCUCUGAUACAGAUCUUCAGGGCUCAUUUGUGGCAGAAAAUCCAUGAAAGUAUUGUUUUCGAUAUUUGCCAAAUCCUAGAUGGCGAAAUGGAUAUGUUACAGAUUGAAUCAGUCGACAAAGAAGCCAUUCAUCCCCGUAAAUCAUAUAAGAUGAACUCUUCUGCUGCUGAUGUUACGUUGAAGAGUAAUUAUUCUUGGAAUGUCUCUGGGCCUUCCCUUCUUCAUCACACGAACGAACAAUAUGAUGCAACCAGUACAAACAAAAUGUGGGUCGACGUUCAACUUCGCUACGGUGAUUACGACUCGCAUGACAUUUCACGCUACGUGAGAGCAAAGUUUCUGGACUACACCACCGACAAUGUCAGUAUGUAUCCUUGUCCUACUGGUGUCAUGGUAGGUAUCGAUCUGGCGUACAACAUGUACGAUUGUUAUGGUAACUGGUUUGACGGUAUGAAAACGUUAAUGCAAAAUGGUCUCAAAACGAUAAUGAAAGCAAACCCUUCACUAUACGUUCUCCGAGAGAGAAUUAGAAAAGGGCUACAAAUAUAUCAGUCUCAAACACAAGAACCCUUUUUGAACUCUUCGAAUUACGCUGAGCUGUUUAGUGACGACACGAAACUUUUCAUCGACGAUACCAAUGUUUACAGAGUAGCGGUGCAUAAGACAUAUGAGGGAAACAUCGCUACCAAGCCCAUCAAUGGUUGCAUCUUUACACUGAACCCUAAGACAGGAGAGCUUUAUCUGAAGAUCAUACACACAUCAGUGUGGGCAGGUCAAAAGCGUUUAAGCCAAUUGGCGAAAUGGAAAACUGCUGAAGAGAUAAGCGCCUUGAUUAGAUCGUUACCCAAAGAAGAACAACCAAAGCAAAUCAUAGUUACGAGAAAGGCAAUGCUAGAUCCCCUCGAGGUGCACAUGUUAGAUUUCCCCAAUAUCUCUAUCAGGCCGACAGAACUGAAACUACCUUUCUCAGCUUCAUUAGCGAUUGAGAAACUUUCGGAUGUCGUCAUGAAAGCAACUGAGCCACAAAUGGUGUUAUUCAAUAUCUACGAUGACUGGCUAGAACGAGUGUCGUCUUACACUGCGUUCUCGAGGCUCAUUCUGCUGCUGAGGGGGUUGAGAACAAAUGAGGAGAAAGCGCAAAUGAUUUUGAAGAGUGACCCAACGAUACCCAUCAAAGAUUAUCACGUUUGGCCUUCUUUCAGCGAUGAGCAGUGGAUAGAAAUUGAGAGCAAAAUGCGUGAUUUGAUCCUAGAAGAAUAUGGGAAGAAGUACAACGUCAAUAUAGCAUCACUGACUCAAACAGAAAUUAAGGAUUUGAUUUUGGGUCAAAACAUUAAAGCGCCGUCUGUUAAGAGACAACAAAUGGCUGAAAUAGAAGCCGCGAAAUCUUCAAAUAUCAACAAUGGUGGUGAACAGCAGUCGGCUGUGGCAACCAAAAUCAUGCAAACAAACGCACAAGGCGAAGAGAUCAUGGUAGUUACAUCGACUAACUACGAAAAUCAAGCUUUCAACUCCAAUAAUGAAUGGCGCCAACGAGCUAUAUCCAAUUCUUUGCUCUAUAUGCGCCUAAGGACAAUAUACCUAUCUUCAGAAGAGUUUGUGGAGGAAAAGAACGUGUACAUUCUGCCCAAAAAUCUCCUCAAGAAAUUUGUUGAAAUCUCGGACUCAAAAGCGCAGGUGGGUGGUUUCAUUUUUGGCAAAUCCGCUGCGGGGCAUGAAAAUGUGAAGGAAAUCAAAGUCAUCGUAAUGGUGCCACAACUUGGUAGCAACCAUACAGUUCAGCUAGGCCAAUUCUCACAGAAUUCACCUUACCUACAGGACUUUGAGCUGCUCGGAUGGAUUCACACUGAUGGCGAGGAGCUGAAAUGCAUGUCAGCUCCGGAUGUGACGGUGCACUCAAACUUAUUUCAAGACCAACAAGAUGCCAUAGAUUUGUCGGUAUACCUCAGCCCGGGUUCGGUCUCGUUAGCAGCAUACACAUUGUCAGAUGAGGGCUUUGAUUGGGGCUCGAACAAUAAAGAGCUUUUCGCCAGGUCUCCUGAAGGUUUUGAGCCUACAUUUAGCGAGCACGCGCAACUGAUGCUGUCUGAUCGAAUUACAGGGUAUUUUUUGGUUCCAACCUCUGAUCUUUGGAACUAUGCUUUUAUGGGAGCCGCUUUCAACCCAGAGAGUAGUACUGAAUUGAAGCUAGAUGUUCCGAUAGAAUAUUACAAUGAGCUGCACCGGUCCGUUCACUUCCUGCAAUUUGGCGAGGUGGUAGACAACGAAGAAUUAGAGCCUGAUCAAGAGGACGUGUUCGGAUAA